CACAUGAACUAAGAUGGCGGGGAUGGUGGCCGCGCGGGAAGGCGGCGAGGAUGCCUUCCGGCAGCUUUUUCGCUUUUACCGCCGGUGGGAAGGCUCCGACGUGACAGGGGUGAUUGACUUUUCGAAGCCCGCCGGGCGACAGGUGGUCAGUUCUCCCCUCGUUCUUUCUUCAGUAAGUGAUCAAGAUGCCCACAGAGCAGGACUGAAACCAGUUAGCUUGUGGGAAGCCUAUGGUCUGGCUAAUUAUCCAGGGUUUAUAUUUAUCCCAAAUCCCUUCCUUCCAGGCUGCCAGCGCCACUGGGUGAAACAGGGUCUCAAGCAAUACACCCAGAAACCCAAUGUGUGUAAUUUGGAUAUGCACAUGUCUUCUAAGGAAACUGUGGAUCUUUGGGGAAACAGUCAGCAGCAGCUGCGAAACAAAAGUUCCAGCAAACAAGAGCCAAAAAGUAUACUGGAGAAGCUGCGCUGGGUGACUUUGGGAUACCAUUAUAACUGGAAUACCAAGAAAUACUCAGCUGAUCACUAUACCCCCUUUCCACCUGACCUGGCUUUCCUUUCAAAGCAAGUGGCUAAAGCUUGUGGCUUUCUAGGCUUCCAAGCAGAAGCAGGAAUCCUGAAUUAUUAUCACUUUGAUUCUUCUCUGGGAAUUCAUGUGGAUGAGUCUGAGCUGGACCAUUCUCAGCCCCUCCUAUCAUUCAGUUUUGGACAACCAUCCAUAUUUUUGUUGGGGGGGCUGAAACGAGACGAAGCCCCUGUGGCCAUGUUCAUACACAGUGGGGAUGUGAUGGUCAUGUCUGGCUUCAGCCGUCUGCUAUACCAUGCAGUUCCCAGAGUUCUGCCCAACCUUGAGGGGAAACCUCUGCCUUCUUGCCUGGAGCUGCCUCUCCCUGAUGAUCUUCCUGCAGACUCAGUUAUUGAGUCCUGUUCCCAAGAUGAUUGGCAAGUCUGUGCCAGAUAUUUGCAAGGAUCCCGCAUCAACAUGACCAUCAGGCAAGUUCUAGCUGAAGGCCAGAGCUUCCCAACUGAAUCUGGGAUGGAGAAUAAACUGGAUGUUCUUUCCAAGGGUUCCUAUCAUGAAGAGAACAGUGAAAUCAAAAGGCACAAACCUGAUACAGAUAGCUGAGACCACCUGGAAGCCUCCCCCCCCCCAGCUGUGGCCCACUGUGAGGCCCAGCCCAACCCACAGCCACUCACUCAGACCCAGGGAGGGCCAAAGAUGCCAGUGAAGGAACCUGGAGACAGUGCAUGAAUGAGCAGGCUGUGGGAGAAGAAGGCAUGGCUGGUGUCCCCAUUGCUAGCUCAUCCAGGUGGCAGGAAGUGCAGUACCCAGCAGCACAGAAGGCCUGGUGAUCAGCUCAUCAGUGGACCGAGGAGGAAAUCCAGCUCACCUGACCUGGUAGAGAGGCAAGCCUGGCCAGGAAGGGACCUAUGCAGCCUCAUCUUUGCACCUGCAUGGGCUCAGCCCUGGCUGCUGGGAUAGGAGAGGGGGGGGAGGCCUUGUAGGAGGAAGGGGGAGGAGGCAAGGGACAUGACAGAAGGGAGCAAGCAGGCUGGUAGGAGAUCCCUGCCUCAAGGAACAGGGCAGAAGAAACCCUUGAAGAGCAGCAAGCCUUGCUCCUGGACGCCAUCAAGAAGGCUGAAGUCUGCAGAGGGCCCAAAGAAGGACUGUGAAAUAACCAUGCUCCACCCUCAAUAACCUUGUCUACCUUCAAUAAAAAAACAGCAUAGUAGCAGCAAA